AUGGCUAUGUCGGAUGCAGAUGAGCUAAAUAUCACCGUGGCGGUUCGCUGUCGAGGCCGUAACGAAAAAGAAGUGGGGGCACGCAGUUCUGUGGUUGUGGCAGUGCCAGACGUGACCGGGACUAACGAGGUUUCCAUAAAUACUUCUGGUGAGACUGGGAUAGCCGCACAGAUCAACUCUAAAGUAUACACCGUCGAUAAGGUGUUUGGGCCAAGCGCAGAUCAAGCGCUUAUUUUCAAGAGCAUAGCAGAACCGCUGUUCCAAGAUUUCAUCAAAGGCUACAACUGCACCGUUCUUGUGUACGGCAUGACGUCCACCGGUAAGACAUACACCAUGACUGGUGACGAAAAGCUUUACGACGGUGAAUUGAGCGAAGGUGCCGGUAUUAUUCCUCGCGUGUUAUUCAAGAUUUUCGACGCAUUGGAGGACGCAGACGGCGACGACUAUAUGAUCAAAUGCUCAUUCGUGGAGCUGUACAAUGAAGAGCUUAAGGACCUGCUGGAUGAGGUUCAGGACGCCAAUGUACCCAAAAAGCUGCGUAUUUUCGACUCCGCCGGAAAUCACAACAGCAACAGUAGAAAUAACUCCAGGACGAAUUCUCCGAAAUUUGCAGAAUCUCAUGCCGCCUCGAAUUACUCUGCUAGACGAAGGAUAAGGGCCUCCCCUAGUGUCUUUAGAUCCGCCAAAUCAACGGUAACUAAGCCGCCCCCAUCCACAGAAAUAAGCUCUGCUAUCCAUAUUCAGAAUUUACAAGAACUCCAUAUCAUGAAUGCCAAAGAAGGGAUAAGGCUUUUACAGCGAGGACUCAAGCAAAGACAAGUAGCCUCCACUAAGAUGAAUGAUUUUUCAAGUCGAUCUCAUACUAUUUUUACCAUAAUGCUUUACAAGAAAUGUGGUGAUGAAAAUUUCCGCGUCUCAAAAAUGAAUUUGGUUGAUUUGGCUGGUUCCGAAAACAUCAGUAGAUCUGGUGCACAAAAUCAAAGAGCCAAGGAGGCUGGUUCUAUUAAUCAAAGUCUACUAACGCUGGGCAGAGUAAUAAAUUCUGUAGCCGAUAAAAAUGCUCACAUUCCUUUCCGUGAAUCCAAGCUGACUAGACUCUUACAGGACUCACUUGGUGGAAAUACCAAGACAGCUUUAAUUGCCACGAUCUCCCCGGCAAAAGUCAAUUCUGAGGAAACUUCUAGCACUUUAGAAUAUGCCUCCAAAGCCAAAAAUAUCAAAAAUAAGCCCCAGGUAGGGAGUUUCAUUAUGAAAGACGUCUUAGUUAAAAGCAUUACUGCAGAACUUAUCAAGAUCAAAUCCGACUUAUUAUCAACCAAAUCUAAAGAUGGAGUUUUUAUGAGUCAAGAAAACUACAAGGAACUUACCAAUGAAUUGGAGAAUUACAAAACUGAGGUUCAAGAAUGUAAACGGGCGAAUGAGCGAUUGAACCUUCAAAAUUCAAUACUUAUGAAAGAGAAAAAAAUCAGCAACGAAAUCAACGAGUCGCAGAAAGCUAAAGUUCGCAACCUCGGGAACAACAUCGAGUACCUUUAUGACAAAAUUGAUAGGCAGCACAGAAACGAGCAAGAACUUUCAAACGUUGUUCAAGAGCUAAUGAAUGCUCUUCACACUAUGCAGAAGUCUCUUCAGGUUUACGAGGACCAAGGACAGAGAUUUCAGACUGAAAUGGAGAGAGUCCUCUACGAAAAUGUCGGAUCCUUCAAGAAAUCUCUCAUUAACGAGAUCGCGAAAUUGAAGGAUAAUAUUGACGAGGAUAGCAUUGAUGUGGAUGUCAAUAUCGACACCCUCUCAAAAGAACUCUCUAGGAUAUUUGAAUCCUUGAACACCUCGAGCAAUGACAUCUGUCAAAAAUUUCUUCGAGAAAUUUCGGAUCAGACGCCCAGACAAUUUCGAGAAAUUCAUAACCAGGUGGAGCGUAUUACAAAUGUUGUUGAGACAUACUCAUCUGAUUUGAUGACUCAUCUCAGCAGCAUAAGUGAAGAGUACAACAACUUGAAGGAUUAUCUCAAUGAGCAAUUCUUUAAAAACAAUUUCCAAGAAGCCCUCGAUGUACAUGUGGAUCGCACGUAUCAUCAAUUGAAGGUUUCGGCUAAUUCUGUAUUUGCCCAGCUGCGUGAAAUGAUGAAUGAGCACUUAGAAACCAACAAAAAUUCUAUGAUGCAGAGUCUGAAGAGUGCCGCGACCGAGGUCGUCGCAAAGGAAAUGGGGCUUUUAGACCCAGUGAAACAAGCUUGGGAAACGUCAUUACAGAACAUAAAUGAGUGCGACAAGCUUAACAAUGAUUUUGAGAGUAAUAUGGGACUAGCAGUGAGAGCAGUAACUGAUAAAAUAGAUCAAGCCGAAAACAUGUCCGGUUCGGCCAUGAGAGAUGUUGGAGAGAACUUGUCACAGCUCAAGGAUGCUUCUGCCAACUUCCAGAAAAACGGUGUGAUAAGCACGAAUGUUAAUUGCAUUAAAAGAAAACAUGAGUUACUCAAAACUCAGGUUCAAAACAGCGCUAAUUAUAUGCACGCGGCUACACAAAAGUUUGAUGAGAUUGAUGGGUCAAUACAGGAUUUACUAACCUCACAGGCUAUUCCACAACUUCGGAGCGAAGAGCGAAUAGAAGGUCUAUUGGAGCAACUGAAUGACAAACCGCUAAGGCCACUAGGACCGUCAGGAAAAACUCCAAUGAGAAUCACUCAGCACGCAACUAUUAAUUCCGAUCAAUUACUCCCACCACGCCAAAAGACCUAUUCCAUAUCUCCUAUUAGGGAGAUUGACGGCAAUAGACGCGCAGUUUCUCCGGUGAAACGCAAGGCAGCGGAGGAGCGAGAUCUAAGAGAACUCAAAACUCAAAAGAUAGAAUAA